UUUAAGAUCCUUAGACAUCUUCUUAUAUUUUGUAUUCUCGCUUUGGGAUUUCUUCUCCCAGAAUGGCCUCCAACGGUUCUUCUCGCUGGGAUGGCGUCAAGCGGGUUUACAGCCGUCAGGAUGUCGAGCGCCUGCGUGGAUCCGUGAAGAUUGAGUAUACCCUCGCUCGUAUGGGUGCAGAGCGGCUCUGGCAGCUGAUGCACACAGAGCCAUACGUUCCAGCUUUGGGCGCGCUGACCGGUGGUCAAGCUGUGGAAAUGGUUUCUGCUGGCUUGAAGGCUAUCUACCUCUCGGGAUGGCAAGUUGCUGCCGACGCCAACUCCGCCAUGCAGACCUAUCCCGACCAAAGCCUUUACCCGGUGGAUUCAGUGCCGCGCGUCGUUUCACGCAUCAACAAUGCCUUCCAGCGCAUGGACCAGAUGCAGCACUCCGAGGGGCGGAACGACAUCCAUUGGUUCGCACCUAUCGUGGCCGAUGCCGAGGCAGGUUUUGGCGGAAAUCUCAACGCUUACGAGCUAAUGAAGGCCUUAAUUGAAGCUGGAGCGGCAGCCGUGCACUUUGAGGAUCAGCUGGCUUCCGCCAAGAAGUGCGGCCACCUGGGUGGCAAGGUGCUUGUACCCACACGCGAGUUCAUUCAAAAGCUUACGGCGGCACGCCUGGCGGCGGACGUCUUGGAUGUGCCGACAGUCAUUAUUGCUCGUACCGACGCGCUGGGCGCCUACCUUCUCACCAGCGACGCGGACGAACGGGACAAGGCCUUCAUGACCGGCGAGCGGACUCCGGAGGGUUACUACUCUGUGCGCGGCGGCAUUGACGCUGCCAUCGCUCGUGGCUUGGCAUACGCGCCUUACGCCGACAUGGUAUGGUUCGAGACGUCGGAGCCCAGCAUGGAGGAGGCAAAGAAGUUCGCUGAGGCCAUUCACGCUCAGUACCCUGGCAAGCUGUUGGCCUACAACUGCUCUCCGUCCUUCAACUGGAAGAAGAAGCUCUCUGAUGAGGAUAUUGCUCGCUUCCAGGCUACCCUUGGCAGCUGGGGUUACAAAUUCCAGUUCAUCACGCUGGCUGGCUUCCAUGCGCUGAACUAUUCGAUGUUUAGCCUGGCCAAGGAGUACGCCUCGCGAGGGAUGUCGGCGUAUGCGGAGCUUCAACAGGCCGAGUUCGGCGCGGAGAAGCUUGGCUACCGCGCGACAACCCAUCAGAAGUUCGUCGGAACGGGCUACUUCGACCUCGUCAGCCAGGUCAUCAGCGAGGGCACCUCGUCGGUGUGUGCCCUGAAAGGAAGUACAGAGGAGGAGCAAUUUGAGCAUUAAUAGCGUGCCCGAUGUUGGGCAGAGUAAUAGUGCCUGCGCAUUGUGUUUUCGCUCGUCCCAACGGUCAGACCGCGCGGAGUGGCGAGCUCCGGUCGUAGGUAGAGGUCGUAGGUAGCGCAGGGUGAGAUGUGACCGCAGUGGAGACACUUGUUAUCUCUUGUUUACGCUGUGGCUUCAGUUACAUUUGUUAACUGAUGGCCCUAUGGUAGGUUGGUUAUGGCAUGCGUUACGUUUUUCACGUUCGGUGUUUCAUGCUCAUUUUUUUCGGUGUUUCAUGUUCGUUUUGAGGUGUUUGUGCUAUGUUUUUUAAAUAACCCAUGCGUGUGAUUGCCCGUCAUCAGCGGUCCACGACAGUGUCACAAAUGAAUGGCCAACGAAUUGGGGCUCCAAAGCAAGGUCCCAUAUCUCCACAUAUUUUCAUUUCUGUAACAGCUGUCAUACG